AUGGCAACUACGAGAGAGAUAUUCAGCAAAGAUGCGCUAAAGCUAACUCGCCAUUCAGCUCAUGACCAAGUCCCUGUGGUCGAUCCCAUCGCCAACGAAGUCAAGCUGCAAGUCUAUCUAUCUGCAAUUCGCCCUAUCAUGAUAUACGGAUCAGAGACUUCGGCAGCGCCGGCGACGGUAUUGGAAAAGCUUAACUGCAUGGAGAGAAAGCUUUUUAGACGACUGCUAGGCUACUUUUGGCCGUUGGUAUGCCAUAACAAAGAACUUUACUCGGAAGUGGACAUGGUGUACCGGCGGAUGACACGCGGAAAACGUCAACAUCUUGCCCGGCCUUCUGAAGUAGUCAUGGGAAACCAUCUUCGCUUCUUUGGUCACGUUAUGAGGAGACCGUCUGAUCGUCUUGUCAAAGUAGUCCUGAAGAUGCUUCCAGAUCCUAAUUGGAAAAGGCCUCCUAGUCGUAAAAGAAGGUUCUGGACGAAGGUGGUUAAGGAAAAUCUGACGACACUUGGCGUUCACACCCAGUUCAGUCGAGACGUGAAAUUUUGCCGUCAGUGGAAUAGCGACGGAGGCGGAUCGGUAGAUUCUAUGCGAACUCUAGCUGAAGAUCGAACAGGACUGAGCCCUGCGUUUUCAGACGUUGGACGGUAUGACCAUCGAGAGAGGAGAUCAAUUAUGAGUUUGCUCAAGACAACUUCGGCUCUGAGCAAAGUUGCAAUUGCGAGAGCGAUUGCACCACGCGGAUAUCCGCUAACAUCACGGCAACAUCAGUCACAUCAUGCGUUUAAUAAGGAUGUAGAAGUGAUCCGCAACGAGAAGUCCUCCUACAAAUUCGCUGUCGGAGACUUGAACGCAAAGCUAGGAAAUGCGACAGAAGAGGAAUACAGGAUCGGAAGAUUUGGACUAGGGGACCGGAAUGAAAAUGGCAAUCAUCUCGGAGGCUAA